CCCCCAGCUGUCAGGUGAGCUGGGGUGGAGCAAGCAUGUGAGCGCUCCGCAUAUCAGCCCCACGCCUCCCCGUCCGGACACACAGUGUCCCCUUGGCCUGUCCCCUGCCAGUCCGAGCAGCGGGUCCCUGGGGCAGUAGCCAAGGAGAGGGGCUGCAGGUGGGGGGCCGGAGGAGCCAGGCCAGAGGCAAGGGACCCCAGGAGGUAGCCGAGAUCAGAGGCCAGCAGAGCGGCCCGAAGCAGCGGAGGCAGCGGGACGUGGCCGGGGCAGCGGGGAGUGGCCGGGAUGCUGCUGGGCGACCUCUGGAGAGCGGCCAGCAGGGCGCUGUUCGCGGAGUUCCUGGCCACGGGGCUCUACGUGUUCUUCGGGGUGGGCUCGGCCCUGCCCUGGCCCACGGCGCUUCCCACCGUGCUCCAGAUGGCCAUCACCUUCAACCUGGCCACGGCCGUGGCUGUGCAGAUCACCUGGAAGACCAGUGGGGGCCACAUCAACCCUGCCGUGACUCUGGCCUUCCUCGUGGGCUCCCAGAUCUCCCUGCCCCGUGCCAUGGCCUAUGUGGCUGCCCAGCUGGCGGGGGCCACCCUGGGGGCUGCCGUGCUUUACGGGGUCAUACCGGGGGACAUCCGAGAGACCCUGGGGGUUAACAUGGUCCGGAGCAGCACCUCGACCGGCCAGGCCGUGGCAGUGGAGCUGGUUCUGACUCUGCAGCUGGUGCUCUGUAUUUUUGCUUCCACCGACAGCCGUCAGACAUCAGGCUCCCCGGCCACCAUGAUCGGGAUCUCUCUGUCAUUGGGCCACCUCAUUGGGAUCUACUUCACCGGCUGCUCCAUGAACCCGGCCCGCUCCUUCGGCCCCGCCAUCAUCGUUGGAAAGUUCAAGGUCCACUGGGUUUUCUGGGUGGGACCCCUGACAGGAGCUGUCCUGGCUUCACUGAUCUACAACUUUAUCCUGUUCCCUGACACCAAGACCAUGGCCCAGCGGCUGGCCAUCCUCAUGGGUACCGAAACAGUAGAGACAGUGGCCAAGGUGGAGCAAGAGAAUAAAGAAUCUCAGCCCAGUUCAGGGGAUACUGAAAUGGAGAAUGUGUGUCAGAUGGCAUAGAACUUGGCCCCCACCUUUGGGCUUCUGAGAGGAGCCCUUUAGGUUGGUGGCAUGCCUGGCAUGAUCAGACUUCAGGUUUUAUGGGGGGAGGACUGGGGGGGGCACGAUAAGGGCAGGAAGGGUGGGGAAGCUAGGCCUCUUGUCCUAACAGGGUGGGCAGGGAAUGCCAAUCGCUAUCCCUGGCAUUCGAUUUCUAGAUAGAAAGAAUCUGGGGAGCAAAUCUGUUCCAUUUUCUCCUCCUCCAUCCCUUAAUGGGACAGAGCAGAAGGAGGCAGGGAAUUCAUGAUUGCCCUCCCUUUCUCUCAUCCAUCUGGAACCUAGUGGGCCUCCUGGGCCUCCCCAGUCACCUUAUUUUGGGUAUUGAGUGGCCCAGACAGACACUCAGCUUAGACAGCAAGAGCUACAGAGACCUUGGGGAACCCCAACAUCUCACUCACCCUUGAGGGAAAAUCCAGGCUUCCCAGAAGGAUCAGGUCCUGGGAUAGUCUCUGAGCUUCUCACAGGGUUACCUCUGCCCUUAGGCAUGUUUAGGCUACAGACCCACCCUCAGCCUGGAGGCCUCCUGAGGACAGAGACUGUCCCUCCAAUCAAUCUUCAUUCCUCACAUGUCCAACUGCUCAGGGGAGGACCCCACCCUUGCGGAGAGCAGACAAGAGCCUUUUCUAGGGCUAGCACAGGGGCAGAAUAUAGGCAAGGGAGGCUUGGGCCAAACAGGCAUUUUCCAGGACAGGUUCUCCCCAGAUGUUUGCCCACCUUCCACCCCGCAGCCCCAUUCAUGGGGAAAGUCCUGAGAGGGAGAAGUCUCCAUCCCAGCUCCCCAUCCACAACUGGGCCACAAGCUGUUCUUCGGCCGCAUUCUCAGUUCUGCCAGCAUCUUCCCAAAGCUACUGGAUAAGUUCCAGGGAUGAUAAGAACGCAGGAAUGACCCAAGAAACCAAGAUUUGCCUUUGAAGGACUACUAGCCUCGGUUGGUUUGUUCAUAUAUACAAGCUGCUGUAAAUAUACUCUCCCCGCGACGUGGGUUCCUACCUGGAUCUCAGCUUCCCCAGCUAUCAAAUGGGCACGGUCCUCCCCCAGGGCCUGCUGUGAAAGCAAACGAGAGAUGGGAAAAUGUUUUCGAAGUUAAGAUGCUGGAAAAACAAACCCAAUAAAUGAUGAUUAUUGUUGCUGUUACCGUAAUUAU